ACUCGGCCCGCAAGAACCCUGCCCUACCGCUCGUUGCGCUCAGUUGUCUCGCGGCUCUGUUACCUGUGGAGCUGACGCAAGGUGUCGAGGAUGGCCCGACUCCCCAUGCACCCGCUGGAGGCACAGUGGUGGACGGGGGAUGCCGACACUGAGGGCAACGAGAUUGGCCCGUACCUCACCUCCGGGCGGGAGACGAGCGUCUCGGCGUGGCUCGAAAUGAGUGCACAAGUCGGCGUGCCAUCGGACUUGUCGGGGGGUCAGCACGCCCACUGUCUUGCCACAUAUGGGACCGAAGCUGGCGAUGCCACCGUGGACCCGCAGAAUUUGAUGAUCCAGCCCAGCACAUUUGGACUGGACUUCUCCGGACAGGUCCCAGGUGCUGACUUUGACCCCCCUUUCCCGGGGGCGUCUCUAGAGUCCGACCACCUGGGAGAGGCUGUAUAUUACGGCACAGGGCCUGCCGAUGCCCCCAACCCUGCGCCUACUUAUCCGGAAUUCGACCCUUACUCUCCCGCCGGUGAUUCCAUCCCUGGUGCACCCGUGUUUUCAGCGGCUUUCUCCCCAGUCAGCCACGUCUUGGACAACUAGGUUCAUUUAAACACGAGCAGCACCAUGGAUGGAAGCCCCACGGAGAGCGGCGACAACCAGAUUCCCAUCAGUCCCUCGCUUCCGUACGACUUUUUACAUGUCCAGUUCCAGCAGGCCCCUCCCGGUGGCGUUGGCACCACCGGCUCCUAUGGCACUGCGGCCUCUUCGUCCUUCGCUUCCAGCCCCGAGAUCAUGACACCGGCGGCUUCGGAUUGUUCCGUUUCCUUCGUCACUCCUUUGAGCCCCACGAU